AUGGAAGAGCUUGACAAAUAUGACCCAAAGAUAAGAGAGUACCUAAAUGAAGUCGGUUUUAAAAAAUGGACGACAGUCCAUUCCGCAAGUAAUAGGUAUUCAACAAUGACUUCCAACAUUGCUGAGUCUUUAAAUGCAACAAACAUAGCUGCAAGAGAACUGCCCAUAUCGACGAUGCUCGAGUUUCUACGUUCGCUUCUUACAAUUUAUACACUGUCAAAAAAAACAAAAACUCCCUUCUCAGUGGAUUUGGAAAAAGGAACAUGCUGUUGUAGAAGAUUCCAAACAGAUAAAAUACCUUGCGCACACGCAAUUUCUGUGAUUAGGAAAUACAAAAAUGAUCCUUUGUUAUAUUGUUCUAAGUACUACAUGAAGAAGACGUACAUAAACACAUAUGGUAGCACUGUCUAUCCAAUGACAAAUAAGUCAACAUGGAAUACACCUCAAGAAGUAAACGAUGUAAUUGUGCUGCCUCCUGAAUCAAGAACAAAGUCUGGCAGACCGAAGAAGAAACGCAUAUUGGCGGGACAUAAAAAAUGGUCAAAAAACAAAUGCACAGUUUGCAAGAAGAUGGGACACAAUAAAAAAACAUGCAGAGGAUGA